UGCCCGCCGAGUUCGUGAUCAGCCCCAGCCACAAGUCAAUAUCAACUCAGUCCGUCACCGUAACCAUCCUCUUCGCGAGCGCCCCUUCAUCGUCAGCAAAUCAAGCCAGUCACUCGCUUUCUUCGAGACUCUACAUCAUUAACAUGUCUGAGACAUCGAGCCGCUGGAUUCCUCUUGAGAGCAAUCCUGACGUCCUGAACCAGUGGGCUGAGAAGGCCGGAUUAGUCCUUCAACAGGACCGGUUUGUGGAUGUCUAUGGACUCGAUCCUGAGCUGUUGGCAAUGGUGCCGCAGCCUGUCGACGCCGUGAUUCUACUGUUCCCCAUCACAGAUGCCAUCGAGGCACGGGCGAAGCAAGAAGACGAGCGUAUCAAGCUAGAGGGCCAGCAUCCGAUCGACCCCACCGUGUUCUACAUCAAGCAGACGAUCAGCAACGCCUGUGGGACCAUUGGCCUGCUUCAUGCAUUGGCGAAUUCGCACGCUACAUUCGUUCCUGACAGUCCCCUUGCUUUAUUCAUCGACCAGUGCCGAGACAAGACACCCGAGGAACGCGCAAAGCUUCUCGAGACGACACCCCUCUUCGCUAACAUACACGCAGAAGCCGCGUCGUCAGGGCAGACUGCCGUUCCCUCAGCCGAGGCGAAAGUGGACCUGCACUUCACCUGCUUUGUGCAGGCGCCGAAUCCUCCCCGCUCGGUCACCGAAUGGCCUCAUCCGCUCCAUCUCAUUGAGCUCGAUGGGCGCAGGGCGGGUCCGAUAGACAGGGGCUUGUCGAAGAAUUUGCUAGAGGAUGUGGCGACUUUCGUGAAGAACAAUUAUAUGUCCCAGACCGCGAGCAUGGAGUUUAGCAUGAUCGCUCUCGCGUCAAGCGAGGGUUGAUUUGUCGCAGAGGAUGAGGAAGAGCUGCCGAAGAAAGUGUCGACUCUGCUGUAAGAAUAAUCGUAACGUAGGCAAUGACAGAAUUAGUGUACGAGCUGAACGAAAACAACAGGGCAGUAUCCUUUUCACAGGC